CAUGAUCGUGCCUGUGUGAGGAAAACGAAUUUUCUUUAAUGUACUACACUUGGUUUUUAGCCUUCUAAUGGCCUCGUUUCUUCGCUGGCUCAGCGGGAUUCAAAAUGAAAGUGGACCUAUUGUGAGCAUAUUGUGCUGACGCAGGAGCAUGAAAGCUCUCUCAUUUGUACCGUCAUCGAUACACACGUUCUUCGCGUACUCCACCUUCAGCUGUCAUAAUUAUAAAAACAGCAAAUAGACUUAAGAGUUGAGGACGAAAACCGAUGCUGAUGCUGAAAUUUCAUCUUCGCCCACGUGAAACAUCUGCUAUAACGGCACUGAAAGUGAAAUUGCAGUGCACGAGAAGCUAUUAUGUGUUAGAGCUCCUAUUCUAGUUCAGUUGCGUGAAAAAUAUAUGGUUUGAAUAAUCCAUGUCCAUCAGGAACACGGUUGCUCUGUGUCACCAAUUUGGUGGGAAUCAAAGAAAUGUCAGUCACCGUGAUUGCAGUCUAUGCGACCACACUCACUGUCUAAAAUUUCAUCGAUGAUUUAUCAUCGCAUUUGAUCAUUCUGCAAUUUGCGUCUGUGCUCUGGGUACUGUAUAAAUUUGUAUGGUCUUGUCGUUUGUUACGUCCAACAGAACAGCACCGAAUGGAAGAGAAAACCGACCGCCAUCAGUCAUCCCGCAACGGCCAACGGCUCGGGUGUCCAGAUGGCGAAACCACUUCGCCAGCAUCAGCACCGCAAUCACCAUCGCAACAAAAGAGUUGAAGCCAGUCUCCUUGAGCAGAACGGGACGACCAUCGCCAACAGGAACAGGAAUAUUAAUGGCAGUCAUAACAACAAUGCAACCAAAGUUAGUUCGACCCCCAGCGAAGAAUUAUCUCCUUGGUCACCCUGGUCCAAGUGCAACAAACGGUGUCGCCAAAAUCGCCAGCGCAAGUGCAUUCCAUCGACAGAUUCUGAAGCGCUAAAGCGAUGCAUCCAGCAACACGUGCUGAAGCAGGAGCGCACGUGCCGCAAGGGGCGCUGCAAGCGCGGUGGUAGGGCCUUCCAUGUUGUUCUUCCACCGAAACGGGAGAGUCUCAAGCAGCCAACCACCACCACGUCGUCGUCCGCCUCAUCCACCCAAAACCAGCAGCAAUCCGACGUACGCGUGCUGCUUAGUCUCAAUUCCAUUUUCUAUUCUUCAUGGAGUCGAUGGUCGACAUGCACCAAAGCUUGCACCACAACACGUUACAGGACGUGCCGCUUUCAAGUGGUCUGUGGCAACACUGUGCUUCACGAAGAAGCCUACUGCUACACGGAGGGAACCGACUGCGAAAAAUGGUACAGCGGCCGAUCACGGUACACCAAAGAUGACGACAGAUAUGAGCACAGUCCGGUGGCAGUGGCAGAGAAGAGCAAUGGCAAUGGCAGCGCCAAUUCUAGCAAUGCUAAAGGUCAGAAGAAAACCAAAGACGAAUCGGAAGUUGAAACUCAACCGGAAUGCGGCGUUUCGGCGAGUGGCAAUGGAGGUGUCGGAAGUAGCGGCGUCAGCAACCUGUCCUAUAAUUUGCAGCUGCGCAUUAUCGGCGGUAGGGAAGCAACGCCAGGCAGGUGGCCGUGGCAAGUGGCUAUUCUCAAUCGUUUUAAGGAGGCGUUUUGUGGAGGUACUUUGAUCGGAGCCCGUUGGGUGCUGACGGCUGCCCAUUGCCUCCGGAAGAGACUCAACGUCCGCAUAGGAGAAUAUGAUCUGGUAGAACAUGAUGGUACCGAAAUGGAUUUCCAGGUGGAAGAGGUAUUCGUGCAUCCGGAUUACGAUCCAGAGACGGUGGACAAUGAUGUAGCCUUGCUACGGCUUCCUGAGGCCAUUAAGCUGGGUCACCAGGGCAUGAGACUGGCUUGUUUGCCUCAACCUGGCCAGUCGUUGCCAAUCACACAAAAAUGUACCAUCAUCGGUUGGGGCAAAGAAAGAAGUUCACACGUUUUCGGCACUGAAGUCCUGCACGAGGCCGAGGUUCCUAUAGUAAAAACUUCGGCCUGUCGUGAAGUUUACGAGGAUUAUUUCAUUACGGACAACAUGUUCUGCGCGGGCUAUCGCAAAGGGCGGAUCGACUCGUGCGCCGGUGACUCAGGUGGGCCACUUCUCUGCUCUGUAGGUGACCGGUGGACUAUCUUCGGUAUCACAAGUUUCGGGGAAGGCUGUGGCAAGCGUGGCAAGUUCGGCAUCUACACCAAAGUGCCAAAUUACGUCAGUUGGAUACAGCGAGUCAUCGACCUAAAUGGAGGGAUCUAACGGUUUACGUAGAAUCGUUGCCUACGCCGUACAAUCGUCUUCCCGUGUCUUUGGCCGAGCGAACGCGCUGGCUCCGAGAUCGUCUUGCAUUGAAACUCGUCUUUUUGUUUAUUUUAUUUCAUUUUUUUGGCUUCUUGUCUUAUUCGGUUUGUUUUGUUUAUUUUUGUUUUGUUUUUUUUUGUUUCUAGUUUUUUUCUCGUUUUUUUUGUCUUUUUGUUUGUCUUUAUUUUGUGCUGCUCCAACAAAUGAACACAUAUUUAUAGAUUUUUAAAAACAUUAUAUUUGACUCGCCAUGUGACAACUAACUCCGUAUAAUACAUCAAGUUAACGAAGAGAA